AUGGCUUCCAACGUGCCCAAAUUCUCAAGCUUCCGGCCGAAAUCCAGAACUGAGCCCAGGCAACCUCCAACCCAAGAAAGAUCUCCGAAAGAUGACAGUCAUGGCAAGCCCGCUGACAGGGACAAUCAAGAAAGGCGAAGAAAAAAGUCGGAUGUUCCUAGAAUGGGGCAGACACGUAAAACAGCUGCCGAUUUACCGUACUUCAUUGAUCGCAGAGGUGAUCCAGACAUAUUGAACUACGGAACACUCAAUACCUAUGAUACCCCGCCAUAUCGGCGUUACGGUUAUGGCGCACUUCUAGGAUUGCCUACUUAUGUGAAGAUUGACAGGAUCAAUAGCUCUGACAAAGCUCUCUAUGUUGUCGAUGCCACAUACCGCCGCCAAGAACGGCGCUUGCUCUCCAAACGUCAAAAGGAGCCCAAUCGGCUCCUGCGAGUGGUAAAAGCAGGUCCAGAUGGAGAUCAACAUACCGCGGACUAUAUCCCACUUUCAAAGACGGAUAAAAGGAAGAGGGACCACAGCUCAGACUCAGAUGGAGCAGACUAUAGGGCGAUUGACUCCGAGAGACAUCGUUCACCGAGCGCCGAUCUUGAUUACGAACCAGGAGGCAAUGAGGAUGCACAUGUCGCCGAACUCAAAGCGACGAAUUCAGAGUUGAUUCGCCGGACUCGAGAUCAUCCAGAAGAUGUUAAAGCAUGGGUUUCCUUGGUGGAACACCAGGACGCGAUGAUGGCCUUAGAUCGCUCGACUGCCAACUUGACCACCUCCGACCGAGUUCACUUGGCAGAUGUAAGAAUACACAUGUACGAGCAAGCGAUCCGAAAAAGUGGUUCCAAUGAGGAAAAUAUGAUUCAAUUAUACCUUGGACUCAUGACCGAGGCAUUGAGAUCUUGGGACAGCACCCGAUUAUCGAAGAAAUGGGAUGACAUUUUGACAAAAUUUCCGCACUCGUUGGACUUGUGGAUUAAGUAUCUCGACUUCAAGCAAAAUGAUUUCGGCAGUUUCAAAUACGAGAAUUGUAAAGUAGCAUUCGGCCGGUGCUUAAGAACUCUCAUCACAACAAACAAGUCCACCCCGCCGGAGUCUUUGGUACAUGUUAUGCUCCGGCUGACAUCAAUGAUUCGAGAUUCUGGUUAUCGGGAGAUAGCUCUAUCUAUAUGGCAAGCUCUUCUUGAGUUUCACAUCUACCGUCCUGUUGAUUUGAGUGGAAAAUCAAUCGCCGAAUGCCUCGAAAGUUUUGAGGAAUUCUGGGACAGCGAAGUGCCACGCAUUGGCGAACCAAACGCGAAAGGCUGGUGUAACUGUGUCCUCAACGGUUCAAUGCCAGUUCUUGCCGAACCACAAACCCUCCGACGCCCCGCGGGUUCUCCCUCUUUGAAUACAUUCGGCGAGGAUGAAACCGAACAUAUCACCAACUUGUAUUUCGCAGGACGGACAACCCAUGAAGUUGGCGAAGACGAUCCCUUCCAUACGAUCUUCUUCGCUGAUGUAGCAGAGUAUCUGCAACUGAUGCCCCAGAAUAUCCCAGGCACUCUUUUACUUGAUGCAUUUCUUUAUUUUCUCGGCUUACCACCGCUCUGCCCGUCUCAGCUAUAUCAUGCUGUUUGGCUCAGAGACCCUUAUCUACACUUCCGCAACCCCAAUAGCCAACUAGAUACUUUUCAGUCCGGGAACCUCGCGCAGGCGAUGAGGACUUUUAUGCAAGGAUCGAUGUCCGUGCAGAUGACCACGGAACUCCUAUUCGACUGCGGCUUUCGGUCCAUUCAUCAGACCAGCACAGCCCUUGUAGCACAACGUACACUGAAACUCAUGGCAUCAGAUACUACCCAGGUUGAUGCCAUUGGGGAAUAUCUCUUGGCAUUGGAACUUCAUAUCUUUCCCUCUGAGGUCUUCAAAACGGCCAAGGAACUUCUGAAAGCGAACCCCUCAAGUCUUCGACUCUAUAAUGCUUAUGGUCUUGUCGAGUCCGGUCGUGGCAAAACGGAGAAGUCUCAACAGGUAUUCGAAGCAGCUCUGUCCAUGCAGAGCGAGUCUCGGCCACUUGCGACUCUCGAUAGUCUCCAUCUAUUUAGCAACUGGGUUUGGGAGGGGGCACGAAGCGGUUCAGCUGCCGAUACCCUGUGGCGACUUGUAUCUCCCCGUGGGCAAGUACCACAACAGUCAGCUGAAGAGCCAGACCAAGCAGCAAUUUUGCGAGCACGAGCUCUAUUCCAGGAGGGGAAUGACCGGGCUUCGCUAGCUAAUGACUAUCAGUCUGCCACCCUGUUCACGUCACUUCUCGCUCUUCUUGCUUAUAUACUAGAAGACAAGAAAGCGGAGGCAGGGCUCACACACUUCGAAAGAUUGUCAGAUUGGCUACUUGCGCAUAGAAUGUCACACGGUCCAGCGGCAGAGCUUCUUGCACAGGCCGUUGCACACUUUCUCAUGCAUCAUGUGUCACACGCCCCCAUUGUCAAGCCUGCGCUGUUGCGGAUGACGCUCGACCCUCUUAUUAUUCGUUUCCCUACCAAUACCCUGCUGUUGAGCUUAUACGCAGCGAACGAAAUUCGCUUUUCGAUCGAAGGCCGUGUAAGAGACACGCUACAGCAGAGAGUCCUGGGGAACGGAAGGGAAAAUAGUAUUUUCGGUUGGUUUUUUGCCAUCCGAUACGAGAUGCUGAGAGGUGAGAUUGCGGGUUCCACUAGUCAUUCUAUUCGCGCCUUAUUCAAAAAAGCCGAAGAUGACAUUGGAGCUCACUGUCCCGCGUUAUGGAUCAGUCAUGUGCUGUUCGAGCUGGACGAGGCUACGAAGGAGCGGGCAAGAAGACCAUCGAAGAAGCAAAGACACGAGGGCAAAGGUCCUAAGAACGAGACUAGACUUGAAGAGCACUACCGGAGGGUCAAGGAAACCUUCUUUCAGGGAUUGACGUCCCUCCCGUGGUGCAAAGACUACAUGAUGCUAGCCUUUACUCAUCUGUAUGACCAGAUAUUGACCACGGAGGAGCUGAGGAGGGUUUACAACGUUAUGGUCGAGAAGGAAUUGAGAUUAUUCGUUGAGUUGGAUGCAAACUAA